AUGACUAACGCCAGUCCUCGUGAGAUAAACAAGCGAGAAAUCGAACAUGAUGAACAAUACAAUACCUCUGAAGUUUUCCUGCUGACAGACCCCCACCCACGGCUCCUAACGGACUUGUCCGUUCUAGAAAAAGGAUUUCUCUCCUUGCGUGGCAGGAAAAUGACCGGUCAAUUCGCCGCACAAUCAGCUAUGAAGGGAUUACUUUGCUGUAUAAAGCAUAGACAAAAUUCUAAGAGGACAAGCAGAUGUACCAGGUCCCGUUGUACCAGGUCCAUUCCAGACAAAUCUAGCAGUAAUUUAUCGAAUCCAGAGCGACGGGUUGCUUGGUUGGCUCUGUGGCGGUUCCGAACUAUCGGUUGUGCAGUCGGAGCCAAACCUCUUACCAUCUGA